AUGGAUAAUUCUUCUGAUGUUUUGUACUUGUUUAUGGAUGGUCAUGUAGAACUGCAGAAGUACAGAUAUUUUUAUUUCAUAACUACUUUUGCAGUUUAUCUGUUUAUUAUUUUCUGUAAUUCUGUUAUCAUUUUUGUCAUUUAUACAAACAAAUGUCUCCAUGAGCCAAUGUACAUUUUCAUUGCUGCUUUACUUUUCAAUUCUCUUUUUGGAGCAACUGCCUUUUAUCCUAAAGUGAUGAGUGAUUUUCUGUCUGAAAGGCCAGUUACGUCUUACUCAGCCUGUCUGUUUCAGGCCUUUUCUAUUUACAUAUAUGCUGCAUCAGAGUUCACGCUGUUAUCAGCUAUGGCCUAUGACAGAUAUGUGUCCAUAUGUAAACCAUUACAAUAUGCAACUCUUGUAAAAAUGUCCACUGUUAAAAAGCUCUUAUUUUUCUGUUGGUUUGUACCCUCCUGUAAUAUUGGCAUAUCAGUUAUUAUAACACAUCAACUUAAGUUAUGUAGGUUUAAAUUAAACAAAAUAUACUGUAAUAAUUCAGCAAUUGCUAAAUUAAGCUGUGAAGACAUCUCUUCUAGCAAUUCAUAUGGACUGUUUGGUUUAAUUCUUGCUGUUUUUCCACCGGUGAUUUUCGUAAUCUAUUCAUAUGUCCGAAUACUUGAAGCCUGUUUAAAGAACUCAAAAGAGUUCAGAAGAAAAGCUCUGCAGACCUGCUUCCCACACCUUAUCAUUUUCAUCAGUUUCACUUCUACUUCCUGCUUUGAAGUGAUUCACAGCAGAUUUGAAGGAAAUGUACCUCAUAUUUUUACUGUGAUAGUAUCACUUGAAAAUUUGAUCAUUCCUCCUCUUAUUAAUCCUAUUAUGUAUGGUUUAAAAUUGCAAGAGAUUUUUAGCAGAGUCAAGAAAAUGAUGGGGAAAAGGAAGACACAUAUGUCUUUAUAA